AUGUCAGGGCUCGAGAUUCCAGGCCUCGCCAUCGGCGGUGUCUCCUUCUUCUUCCAAGCGUUUGCGGGAUGCAUUCAAGGCUACGAGCUCAUCGCGGAUGCUUGUCGCCUUGAGAAGGCCUAUCAUAACAUUCUAAUAAAGGUCAAGAUCGAGGAGCACCGCUUAUUCGACUGGGCGAGAUCCAUCGGCCUAGAUUACACAGAUGAGCGAUUGGUCCUCAAUCACAUGUCGAAGAACCUUAUCAUGGGUAUUCUGGAGCAACAGCAAAAGCUGCUCUUUACCUUUGGACGUCUCGACAAGAAGUAUGCCAAGUUGGCGAGCCCAUCGUUGGUGGACAGAACCGAAGGAUUCGUGUUCGAUGCUGAACACCUGCUCGAGAACGGUGUCAACGACCAAGGAGACAAUGCCGUCCGAUUUCCAAAGACCGACAACCUGCUCGAGAAGGUUCGUGAGUUCACAGCACAGCUGAAGACCGCGCCUCGAAGACUCAAAUGGGCUUCGCUGGACAAAGAGAAGGCGGAAGGCUUGGUUGCUGAUCUGGUGCACUUCAACGACAAGCUACAUGAAGCUCUCGACAAAGCUCAAAGAGACAGUCUCCGCGAAGAACAGCUCCGGACAAGCUACCAGAUUGUACUCCUCAACCGCACCAUGGAAAAUCUGGUUCAGAUCGUCCAGUCACAGCGUAUUGAGUCAUCGCCUCGAUAUCCUGCACUGCUUCACCGAUCAAGUUCAGUUUACAGUGACCUCAACCACCGUGCGAUUGCCCGCCAACCUGACACGCGACCACUCGCAGCCUUGGCUCAGUUCGCAGCAGUGAACCUGCAGAGCGAGGAGGAUUACGGUAUCGGCGCUGUCACUGACAGUAUCGUGAGUGCUCUCGAUCUCAACCAGACAGCAGAGGAGAUUCAUGACAAUCGAAUCGAACUCUCCGCGAUUGAGACCGUGGAGACGAUCGACGACAUCGAUGAUGCGGAACGAACCGAAGGUACCUACGGUGACAGGAGUGUCUGGAUCGAGUGGAAGCUUCCGGAAAUGGACCCAACACAUGCGAACGGUACCGGCAGUCUGAUCCAUGAACGCAUCACCACGCUUGCUGGAUUGCUACGAGAGAUGAACAAGAUCGUCCAAUUCCGUGCCCCUCAGUGUCUCGGAUAUUUCGAAGACGAAGAUAAUGGCCGCUAUGGAUUCGUCUUCGCGAAGCCAGACCAUGCCACCAGCGACGAAAGCCCCACAACGUUACGGGAUCUCCUGGCAGAAGACAUGCCCCCUCUCGCCGACCGCAUCACCCUCAUGCGCCUCCUUGCCGAGACAAUCGAGCAAUUUCACGCCGUAGGAUGGCUGCACAAGGGCCUGCGCUCAGCCAACAUUCUAUUCUUCAAAGACUCCGAAACGGGCCUGAUAGACAUCGGCAGCCCGUACAUCUCUGGCUUCGAGUACUCGCGCCCCGCAACCCGAGACGACAUGACGCAGCGCCCGUCCGACGACCCCGGAGCAGACAUGUACCGCCACCCUGCAACGCAGAGCAACAACCACACCGCAGGCUUCAAGCAGACCUUCGAUCUCUACUCCCUCGGCAUCGUCCUCCUCGAGAUCGCGUACUGGCAACCCAUCGACGAGAUUCUGGGUAUUGAUCUCAGCGCCGCCAAGCCAAAGGACAUCUUCAGCGUGCGCAAGCGUCUGCUAGAAGACACACGCUAUGAGAAACACGUCAGGGGCUACCUGGGCGUCGCGGCUCAGCAGGUCAUCUGGUCGUGUCUCACCGGCCCCGAGGGCUUCGGCCUGUCUGAGCCUUGCGACGAGAAGAAUCCUUUUACGUCCGCCACCCUGGGCUGGGAGUUUGGGCAAAGGGUGGUCAAGCGACUGGCGCUGAUGAAGGGCUUGUAG